CUCUCUCUCUCUCUCUCUCUCUCUCUCUUUCUCCCCUUUUUUCUCCCUUUUUCUUUUUGUGUAUUUAUACUGUUUAGAUUUUUUUUUUCCCUUUUGUUGUUUCUCUUUUUCUUUUAUAUUCUUUAUAGACACACACACACACACACACACACACACACACACAUAUAAAAGAUGGCAGUGAAAACAUCGUAUGAACCUAAAGAUGCACGAAUUACAUUUGAUGAGAAAUACUACAGUGAUGAUGUGGACCAAAGCAAACGAGAGCCACGAAAAAGGAUUACGGGUACACAAGCACUAGUAGAGUUUCUAAAUACCACAAGCCCAGAGGAGUUUCAAAAGAAGAGAUCCUCAGCAUCUUUCUUUGGCCGAAAAAAAUCAACCACUACAGCUGACAAGUCAAAACCCUUCCGAAAAAGCUAUAUUGAAAUCAUUGCUAAUCCCUUCAAUCGCUCUAAAAAGUCCAAUGCUAUUUUAUUGGGCGCUCAAUUAAAUCAAACCUUAUCCAAAACAACAAGCAUCUAUUCCGAACAACCCGUGUUACCCAUCCCUCAUCAACAACAACAAAGAAAGUCACCUCCCAUUCUUAUUUCACAAUCGCAACAGACAUAUGGGAAACGCCAACCACCUUCACUUUGUGUGGGGAGCUUACAAGAUACGCCUACUCAAUCAAAAACAUUAUUUACCCUACCUGGUCACGACGAAUUAAUCGAAGGAGGUUUAAAACAACGGCUAAAGAACUACCAAUCGCAUGCGUUGGAGAAACCUAGUGAUAUGAUCUCCAAGAGUUUAGCUCUAGAACAUUUGGCUGCUUUAGAAGUGGUCUCUACCAUGAAAAAGAUGGAACAGCAACACAUUGAACCCAAAAAGAAAUGUAGACAUAUUCAGGUUCAAACUAUGCCUUUCUAUCCAGACGACAACAAGGAACCAUUAUUAUUAUUAAAUGUGGAAGCAGAAUCUGUAGUGAAAAAGAAUCCUAUCGACUCUGAAGUGGAUCUGAAGCAACGCUUAGCUAAGGCAGAACAUGAGUUAAAACAAGAAAAAUUGACCAGUUCAAGAUUACAAGCCGCACUAGAAGAAACUCGUGAUCAAUUGGAAGUGUUGAGUGGAUUAGCCUAUAAGAAAUUACGAGAAGUUUGGGAAGAAAAGACUCGAUGGGAAACGGCUUGUAUUGAAACCAAAGAGAAAUGCUGGCAUGAUCACCAACAGUUUAUAAUGGCUAAGCAUAAUAACAGUAGUAGUAAUACUACCAUUACUAGUAGUAAUAGUAGUAGUGGCGACAGUGAUAAUGACCUAUCCAUUGUCGAUGGUACUAUGAUGGACUUUUUAGAAGAGGAAGACUUUUCAAGUUAGAUCAGAAUCUUCUGUUUGUAAUAAAUUGAAAGUUUAU